AUGAGUGAAAGAGCCAAUAAAACUAAUAUAAGUAUUCAAUAUUGUUCAUCGUUUCCUCAUCAUAUUUUACAAGCUCUUGAAAUAUUACGAGAAACACAAGCACGUGUAUCAGUUGAUUAUACAAGACAUAUUGUUGAUCAAGAAGCUCAAUGGACUAUUGGAAUUUCAAGUCUAUUAUCUGAUGCUCUUAGUAUUGCUCCAUUUGAAGAUGUUUUUUGA